AUGGACUCUGAAACAUCCAUCACAGAGUACCCCGAAGGCGGGCUCCAGGCAUGGCUGGUGGUUGUCGGUGCCUGGUGCGCCAUGAUCCCCUCUAUGGGCCUGUUGAAUACCUUAGGGACGCUGCACUCCUGGACCAGCGAACACCAGUUGAUGGACUACUCCGACUCCAGCAUUGGGUGGAUAUUCGGUGCUUAUGGGUUCUUCCUCUACGUCGCGGGCGCCCAGGCCGGCCCCAUUUUCGACUGCUACGGGCCCUUGUAUGUCGUCGUGCCUGGUUCUAUAGGAAUGUUCGCAUCUUUGAUCUGCUUCAGCUUUAGCACUGCAUACUACCAGAUCUUCCUCUCCUUCAGCGUCCUCGGCGGUCUCUCGGCCUGCACUCUCUUCAACCCUGCAGUUUCGGUGAUCGGGCAUUGGUUUGACUGUCGCCGAGGAGUCGCUACCGGCAUUGCCUGCACUGCUGGUGGUGUAGGGGGCGUCAUCUUCCCCAUUAUUGUUAUGUUUGCUGCACCCAGAGUCGGGUUCGGCUGGGCUAUCCGCAUCAUCGCGUUUCUCUCAGCCGGUUUACUUGCAAUAGCCUGUCUUUUCAUGCGUACGAGACUGCCGCGACACAAGGGAAAAUCAGCGGCCAUCGAGUUCAGAGCCCUGUCAGAUCCCCGCUACGCCACGACGACAUUCGCCAUCUUCUUGGUUGAAUUCGCUGUCUUCAUCCCCAUCACCUAUGUCUCCAGCUAUGCGCUCCAUGUCGGAGUAGACAAGAACUUAUCCUAUGCCCUAAUUCCUCUUCUCAACGCUGGGGCGAUCCCCGGGCGUUUCCUUCCGGGCCUCGUGGCGGAUCGACUGGGACGCUUCAACGUCAUGAUUGUUACCUCGCUCUUCUGCUCCAUUCUCACGCUCGCUCUUUGGAUUCCGAUCGAAAGUAAUACUGCCGGCGUUAUCUGCUACGCUAUCCUCUUCGGCUUUUUCAGCGGUGCAGCGAUCAGCCUCACGCCUGUCUGUAUUUCGCAGGUAUGCAAGGUGGAGGACUACGGACGCAGAAACGGGACGACCUUUACGAUUUCAAGUAUUGGAACUCUCACUGGAAUCCCGAUCGCUGGAGCUAUUCUGCAGGCUGGCGAUGGAAACUACCAGGGCCUUAUCGGGUUUGGAGGAGCACUCUACUUUGCAGCGACAGUGGCUUUCGUCGUGGCCAGAGGAGUCUGCGCAGGAUGGAAGUUGAAGACAAUCUUUUAA